UUUAUUGUGAGUGCAGAAUUUCAUGAAGCACAAGUGAAAUGCUUGUGCAGGGUGCAGUUACAGGAAGUUAUUAGGUUAGGUUUUACUCUUUGCACAAAACAUAUUUCCAAUUCUUUGACCGUGUUCAUCUCUACAAGCACAGAUGCAAAGAUGAGUGUGGAGUACCAUGCCUCUGCUGUUACAAACAUGGACAUGGAGGACAGUAAAAUUGGAUACAAACAAUUUUCAGCGGAUGGCAGCAAGCUCCGCUGUACAGUUUAUAUGUUGAGAAACAACCCAUACAAGAUUGCCACAGCCUGCCUCGGGAUCCUGUGUGUUCUCCUGUUGGCUGGUGCCAUAGGUCAGAGUGUCCACUACCAAAAAGUAGAGCAAGACCAACAAAACAACCUGUACGCCCUGAGUAAAGAGAAGGAGGACCUACAGGAGAACCUGAAGACAGUGCAGAAAGAGAAGAAGAAUCUUGAAACCCAACGUAAUCAGCUACAGCAAAAUACCGAAUACUUAACUAGAAGGAGAGAACAAAUACAGACUAAUAACAAUUUACUGUCUGAGGAAACAAACAAACUGAAACUCAGCCAAAGCCAGUUACAGACCAGUAAUGCUGCUUUAAGCAAAGAGCUUGAACAGCUUAAAGCCAGUAAAAACCUGUUGGAUACUAACAACAAUGCCUUGUCUAAAGCCCGAGACUUGUUACAAAAACAAUAUGAUUCAGUGGUCAAACGCAAAAAUGAGUUACAGACCAGCUAUAACUCAGUGACCAGGGAGAGGGACAAUUUACAGAACAAAUUCAAUAAUGUAACCAGAUCAAAAGAGCAGCUGCAGCUGAGUUACAAUGACUUGAUUAAGGACGUAGAACAUUUGCAGGACAAAUACAACUUCUCUAACAGUGAAAAAGACAAGCUGGCAAGCAGUCACCAAAACCUGACAUUGCAAAAAGACACUCUGCAGGAGACUUUCAACACACUUAAAAAAGCAACAGAUGAAUUAAGGGCUAAUUAUGCAUCCUUGGCUCAGGACAAAAAAGAGCUUGAAAGCAGCUGCGAAAACGUGACUGUGGAGAGAAACAUGCUGAGGGUGAAAAUCGAGAACCUGACUGUUGAGCGAGAUCUUCUCCAGGGAGAAGCUGAGAAACUGAACGCAACGCUCUUAGAUAAGAAGUGUCCCACUGGAUGGAAGAAGUUUCAAUACAACUGCUACUUCACUUCUGUCGGCAAGAAAACCUGGAGCCAGAGCAGAGAAUACUGUCAGAACAAAGGAGCGGACCUGGCCAUCAUAAAAAACGAAAAGGAAAUGGCCUUCAUCAAUGGCUUGUAUCAAAGUGACAAAGAAGUCUGGAUUGGACUGACGGAUGAAGGGGUAGAAGGCCAGUGGAAAUGGAUCGACGGGACACAACUGACCACAGCGUACUGGGGUAAAGGUCAGCCCAACAGCUUUGACGGGAGGAACCAGGACUGUGUGGAGUUCUGGCAUCGUGCGUCAGGGAAUGGCGACUGGAAUGACGAGAACUGUAAUGUAGAACAAAACUUCAUCUGUCAGAUUUAGGUUUCCCGCACAGGGAGGACCAGAGCGUUUGGCUAGUAUUGCACUAAUGAUCGUCAUGUCAUAUCAGUGUAUUACAAAAAAAAAAAGAAAUGCAGCAGUGCUAAUAGCUAAAGCCUGAAAUGGACUGGUUUGCAGUGGGGAGUGUAUUAUGGAGUUAAAUUUAGCAGGCGGCCCAGCAGAUGCAGGUUGAUGUCAGGUGUUUGGAGCAAACUGUCUUGGUGAUUUGGAACCAGCUUGGUUUAAAGGGGACUGAGAUUUCCAUUGAUAUCUGUACACACUGUAAAAACAAUUUUAUGUAAUAGUAAUGCUGUGUAAUAAGUAAUAUGUGCCUUUUGAUGACUAGACAUCCACUAACUGAAUUUUCUAAAGAAUGACGAAUGAUAGCUGGAUAAUUUACAGUUUACCCAUAUAAAGAAAAAGAACCUUCCAGAUAAUGUUAUGAUAAUUUGCUGCUGUGAUUAGCUGAUUCAAUGACUAAUGAAUGCAAUUCCCAAGAGCAGUACUCAUUAAUUGUUAGUUUACUGAUGUUGGCUAUUUUGUACUCAUUGUUGCUUCUUGUGUGACCAGGAGGACACUAGCUCACUCAGUGGUGGUUCACACUGAUUCAUGGGAAAUGGCCCCAGCAAUAAACAUAUUAUAUUACUACUGUA